AUGUCGGGCGAGCUGCGGCAUCGCCCACCGGCGCCUCCGUAUGAAGAAACGACACCGAGAGGGGCCCUUGAGCAUCAUCAUCACCAUGAUAAGCACCACCUAGUCAGCCCGCACUCUUCUGAAGGCUCCGUCAGCGAUGUCCCAACGAAAUGGGAAGAAUUCUGUGACAAGACGACAGCACACGGCUUCAAGCGAUACCUGCAGGCCCACAAUCGGGUGUCGGGAUUCUUGUGGAUGUGCAUCAUCAUCGCCUUCGCCGUCGUUUUCAUUAUUUUGGCGGCGUAUUUGGGGGCAAAGUAUCGAAGACGGGAGAAGAUCACCUCGAUUUCG